AUGGGGGGAAUGCAUGUCUGCCUCAAGUCCCUGUGGCUGCUGAUGGCACUCUGCGCAUGCUCAGCAUUUCAACCAGCACGGCCGCACAACAGACACCUGGCUAGCUACAAGCACCCAGCCGUGCGGACGUGCCGUGAGCUAUGGAAUCAGCUAAAUUCAUCGCCUUUGCCAGAAUUGGUGCAAGUAGAGGGUCUGGUGAGCUGCGAUAACGAGUCCUGGGCUGGCCAGGUGCGAAUCGGCGGCUCAGUCGUGAUAAGGGGCCUGCGGGGAGACUUGGGCCCCGCCGUAGUGGACUUCGGUAAUCUGACAAAGGGCGUCGUUUUGACAAGCGGGUCGGUUGUAGGUUUUCAGGAUGUGGUAGUAGUUCAGGAUGACUGGGAGCCGGGGUUGGCAAUCCUCGGCGUUUUCGACAAUGAAGCGGGCAGGCCAGUAGGGGUGCAACUGUCUGGGGCAGUUUUUUGGGCUCGGGCUUGUGAGGGGGAAGUGGAAAACUGGGCAGAGAAAUCGACCACCGGCAGAGGCCAGCUCGCCGCCUGGGAGCAGGGUGCGUCUUCAAAUGGCACGCUGCUGCAUUGGGCGGCAGUGGGCUCAAGGGUCACCUACAGCGGCGAUCUUGAAGGUGGUGGUCGUAUGGAACUUAAUUUGUGCAGCGCCCUUGUGGUGUGUGAUCCAGAAUCAACACCCCUCAAGCUGGGGGUUGUCGAAAGCUUUCUGGGCAGCCCUGAGGCAGGGGCUUGCCCGCAGACACUUGACAGCUCUGGACAAAAUGUAAAGCUGGCCGGCGUCGAGCUGGUGGUGCUGGCUGUGCUGGGCUUUGUGGGGGCUGUCAUCCUGGCUCUGCUUUUUGGCGCGAUGUGGUGCAUGCGCACUCGGGGUGAGACAGCCAGAGGGGUGGUGUGCGAGCCGAGCAGCGAAGGCCGGCGGGAUGGGCUGGACUACUGGGCAGUGCAGAAGGCGGAGGGGGCCGCGCGGGUGAGCGCCGAGAUCCAGUAUCUGGACGAGAACACGAUGUACGCGCGAAGCCUGGAUGGCGCGGGCAUUAACGACAUUGAGGUGGGCGAGCCGCUGGGACGGGGCGGCUUUGGGAAGGUGUACAAGGGGAUCUACAGGGGGAUAGUCCUGGCCGUGAAGGUGAUCGACCACGAUGGGACGUCCGCAGACGGCAGCCACGAGCCGAUGGAGGCACUGCUCAGCAAGUUUGUGAACCACCCCAAUGUGAUCCGCACGUACCUGUACCAGACCAAGAGGCGGCCGGCCCCGCAGCGGCCCUCUGCGAGGACUCCCCAGACUGCGAGGACCCCCCAGACUGCAAGGACGCCGCACACUGCAAUGACGCCGCACACUGCAGGGACGAGUACCCAACGGGGCGAGAGUGGCACAGGCACCAUGUCGGAGCUCACUGGCGAUGACUUCAGCAACAUGGAGUUGAACAUGGGUGGGCCGCAUGCCGGGUUCAGAACCUGGAUGAUCAUGGAGUUCUGCGACCGGCGGUCGCUGCACGUGGCGAUGAAGGAGGGCAUGUUCUUCCACGACGAGCACAAGAGGAAGCCCAACCACAAGUACAUGAUCCUGACAGCGAUGGACAUCGCGAGCGCGAUGUCCUACCUGCACUCCAAGCUCAUCAUUCAUGGCGACCUGAAGGGAGGCAACGUGCUGCUGAAGAGCUGGAGCGCUGACGAGCGGGGCUUUGUGUGCAAGGUUGGCGACUUUGGACUGAGCCGGGUGGUCACCAGCGGGGAGCACCUGCAGACAUUCACGUGCGGCAGCAUACGCUACAUGCCUCCGGAGCUCCUGAGGGAUGGACUCCUCACCCCCGCGCUUGACGUCUUCUCCUUUGGCAUCCUGCUGUGGGAGAUCGUGUCAGGCAAGCGCGCGUACCCCACCCGCAGGAACGACGAGAUCAUCGUCAGCAUCGUGGAGGGCAAGCGGCCGGCGAUGCCAUCCCACUGUCCUGUGGGCCUGGCAUCGCUGAUCGAGGACUGCUGGCAGCACGAGCACGCCAAGCGGCCCACCUUUGGGCGCAUCCUCGAGCGCCUGCAGCAGGUGGGGAACGAGUUUGGGCACCCCAUGUCGCAAGGGCUGAUGAGGAUCGUCGAGGAGUCUGGCCCGCCGAGUGAGCGGCAGCGGGGCGGGCGGACCGUGGACUCGAGGGCAGGGGAGAACAACCGGGCGCUGGAAAUCGUGUCCACAGGCAGCCAGGACGUGCCCACCCAGAAUCUGCUCCUGGGCGGCAUGCUGCGCCGCGCCGCCGCCAACAACUCCUUCUGGACACGCCGCAUACCCUUCCGGAGAUCCCCCACUUCCGGCUCAGAACCCGCCUCCUCCGAGACUGACGGCUCGACACGGGCGGCCUCCCGGCCCCUCUCCCUCCGAGUCCCCCCGCGGUUGCGGGCCGACACCCUGUGGCAGAAGCCCGGGGCCCCCGGGCCCAGCGGGCUGGGGCCCGGGCGGGUGACCCCCCAGAAUCUGGAGGCCACCAGCCCGGAUGCCGCCGGCAGGACUAUGGUGCGGAGGGGCAAGAGCGCGGGCAUGUGGGACGCCUCCAAGGCGCCGAUCUCGGCCGGGGCCAUGCCCUGGCGCAGCGUGCCGCCGAACUACCAGCGCAAUUUGCGGCUCAGCGGAUUCAGUAACAGCGCGUCCACGGCUGGAUUGACCCGGCCGCUCACGGUUAAGCACGGCGGUUUUGGCGCCGAGCGGAGGGCGAGGAGCGCUAACGGAGCCAGCAGGCGGGGGGGCCGCGUGGCGAGGUCUAAGUCUGGCUGCGGGGCCAGGGAGGCGAGGUCCGACCUAGAGCUGACUUCUCGAGCGCGGGCGGUCAGCGAGAUCACGCCGGCGAGUCAGUCGACAUCCGAGGGGGACACCGCCACGCGGAGGGAGGAGGCCGCGACCUCAGGCAGCCCGCGGGAAGACCCCGGGCCCGCGCCUCCUUCGCCUUCGUCAAGCGCGGGCUCCUGGUCGUUUCAGUCCGUGCAGUCCUACCCAUCCGAUGACGAGCCCCUGGGCGUGUUCGUGGCCACCGGGCGCGCGGGGGACACCGAUUUUUCGUCCUCGCCGGGGCCGCUGUCGCUCAUGGGGGAGUCCAAGAUCAGCUGGAGGAGCGACCUGUCGACGUACUACUUCACGCCCAACUCCACUGCGGAGCGGAACGCGAUCAUGGAGGCGAUGGGCAGGCGGGGCAGCGACGGCUCCCGGCGGCCGUCGUGGUCCAGCGGGCCCAGCGGGAUGGGAGGGGGCACCGGCGCCUCGGAGACGGAAUCCAAGUUCAGCAUCGAUUUCAGCCGCAGCGAUUUGGAGGAGUCCAUGUUCGAGACGCCCACGGACUUCGUGAUGCUGGACCUGGCGGCGAUGGCAGCGAGGGAGCGGCGGGGGUCGCCCACGCCGCGGUAG